UCUCGGUGGGGCCCCCUACCCGGCUCUCGGCCCCUUCCUCCUCCUCGCAUCAGCUGGGAGAAAGCUUCCUGUUCUCUGCAGCCGCCAGUCUUUGCAGAUAUGGGGUGGGCACAUCUCGGGGAGUGGCGUGUAUAGUGAGGAGUGGGUGCAUAUGUUCGUGCACAGCUGGUGUGGAGGUAGGUAUUGGUGUACCCGUCCGGGGGUGGAUGCGCCUGUAGGUGCCCCUCUCGUGUACUGUCGUUUCCUUCCGGAGGUGGGCAUACCCGGAUGCGCACAUCUGGGAGAGUGUACACGCAUGUGCACAUCUGGAUGUGACUUGCCUGUACAUCUAGGAUCAUUUAUGUAUGUAAGCCAGUGGCUGUUUGGACCUGUAGGUGGCAUGGGACGAUCUUAGACAUCAUUGUGUGGUGGUGCGCACAUGUCUGUGGGUGUCUCUGUGUGUGCACAGCUGGGGCGCCUCUUAGCGUGCAUUUGUUACCAUGGAUGCAUGCAUGGCCAAUGCCUUACAAUUUGUAUGGGCUUGUGUAUGUGUGAGUAUGGGCUUGUGUAUGUGUGAGGAGAGGAUCGGGACCUUUGCUCUUCUAAGGACUCACACUUCUGGAGACCAGCUGGGGGUUGGGGAGAACCGGGGAUAGGGCCCUCUAAGGUGCACAGGGAAAGUUACCAACCUGACCUUGACCUCUGACCUCCCUCCCAUUUUCCACUGUGAUCUCCUGAGUAUGCCACAGCCAGGGUUGGAAAGUCCUAGCUCCAGUCUUGAAGCAGGAAAGAGGGUCCAGAUCAGGGCUUAGUUGGGGAGGACCCUAGAGAAUCCGGGCCAGCUCCCACUCCCCACCCUGGUCCCCAGGAAGCUCCUGUGUCCCAGUGCAUCAUACACAACCCCCCUCCCUGGGACUCCAGCCCGGCAGGCUGAGAGAAAAGCAAUGGCUGCAGGCCAGGCAUGCUGUCCCUCCUCAGAUCUCAGUGUCUGUCACUGGCCUGGGAGGCCCACCCAGCCUAGGAAAGGCCAGGCCUAUUGCUUACACAGCCUAGUGGUUUUGCCAUCAGCUGCUCUGUCACCACAACCCUGCCCAAGGCUGUCACCAUCGACCUGCCUGACCGCCUAGAUCCCUGGAUCCCAGCCUGUGGUUGUGGCCACUUAGUGGCUACACUGCCCAGAGGGUUUCCCUGGCCCCACCCCUGCUCCCAUCUCCACAGUGCAAUUCGGGACCCAGGGAAGGAGUUGGAGGAUGGGCUUUCUCCUUUAGCCCACAGGACCGAGGUCUGCCCCUUCCUUCCCCUUUGGUCACAGCUGCUGGCCGCCUCUAGCUGGGAGGAGUUCCUGGGGAAGAAACAGCACCACUAUUCCCUGCUGGCAGGCCUGGCUGGGGGACACUAGGGACUGGGCUGACCCCGAAGCCUUCCUUCUCUGCCUGCACUCAAGCCCACCUUCCUGUUUCAGGCCUGGUGAGGUGGAUAGCCUUGGAGCAUCACAGACCAGCCUUGUCCUGGCCAUAGGUGUGGGGACACUGACCUAAGAGCGGGAUGGGGAGGGACCGUAACUGUAACCUGAGGCUCACUGGACUUGGGAGGGUAGGCCAGCUGGUCAUGAAUCUUUGAUGACUGAGGCUCAGGUAUCCCAGGCCUGGCCUCUGGAUUAUUGAUGGUGAUUGGGGAGGCGGUGGGGUAGGCUGGGAAGUCUCUUCUCCUGCUUGGGUGUCAGUUUGCUCUGGGAACACUAGAAGGGGCUCAUCAGCCUCUCCCUCUGGGGAGCUUCCUGGUCCCUCCCCAAGGCCUGAUCAGGUAGAAAAGGCACUGAGCGCAGCACGCCCUCCACCACAUCAAGUUACUCAAGGCUCGUUCCUGAGCACUGUGUCCCUCUCCUUCCGACCACAGCUAGGGGAGAAGUGGACCUGCUGGGGGUCUGCCAAGGUGAAGUUCUGUCCUGACCCAGAGGGGCUGUGUCCUAUUGUGUGACUGGCUCGGCUCACUUGGGCCCCUGCACUGGCCAGUGGCCUUGGAGGGUAGAGCACAGCCUGAGGACUGUGACUCAGGGUCACUGUGGGGGGCACUUGAGGACAUGUUUUUUCCCAGAGCCCCUCCUUGCACUGACCCAUCCAAGCCCUAUAAAUACUCCCUGACCUCAGCCCUCCAGCUGUGUUCCUGCCGGGAUUCUCCUGACCCCUGGACAGCCUCAAGGUCAGGUUGGCCUGGCCCCGCUCACUCAGAGACCCAAGUAGGCCCCUUACUGCAGUUUCCCUGUCUGUCACCACCAGCAAAUCUGAGACCAUCUAUGGCUCCCUAGCUCUAGCUGUCAUCUUCACCUCAGACAGAAGUCCCUGGUCACUGGCUGUCACCAUCCAGCUGUGAAGCCCAAAGUCCAAGGUGGAGUCUUUUUCCUCCCAUGGCUCCUCCUGGAAACCUCUCUGGUGCCUGAGGGCUGAAGGCAUGUUACAGGGCAGUGCUGAGGACAGUACCCCAGGGCCUCAGGGUGCAGAACCAAGUUGGGACCGAGGCUGUGUAUCAUGCGGGUCUGUUUCUGUGUACCAUUUGGGUGUCCACUGGCCUGGAGAGAUGUCCUGGAAAACCCUUCAGCUGCCUGCUGGUGUGUGUGUUAGCAAGCCAGGGAUGAAUCUGUAUAUGUUUGCCUGUCUAAACAUGUGUAUCUGCUUAUGUUUCAUCAGUUGAGUGUGUGUUCUAGCAUGAGAUGUUUGUACAUGUGCACCUCUCUCUUGCACAUGUUUUAGAUCCACACAUGCAGGCUUUAGCAUGCAUUGUCACAUGCAUUGUACAAGUGUGUGAAUGGACAUAGUGGUCAGUGCACGACACUUGUCUUUUUUCCUUUGUAAACCUGACAGUGCUAGGCGUGUCUCAGGCUAGUGCGCUGCCUGGUCUUCAUGGGGCAGGGGACAGAUGGGGCCAUUCACUUUCAUAGCCUAGUUUGUCCAGGAGCAGCCUGGCCUGUCUUCCGGUGGGCUGUGCCAUUCCUGCUUGCCCCUCCCUGUCACCAGAGCUGUCCCAGCUAGCAGGCCACCCGCUUCCACUUCUGCUGGCUAAAUUUGGGAGCCUGUGUUUAGUGGCCAUCUCAGGUUCCCAGUCACAUGGGGGAGUGCAUUUAAUCCUGUUCCCAGCACAGCCACCAGACCCACGGGACAGAGCGGGCCCCAGACUCAUCCCUUCUACUCUGCCUACUCACUGCUUACCAUGUUUCUUGUUCUUAUAGCCACAGAGGAGCUGAAGGAAUUCUUUGCCAAGGCGCGGGCUGGCUCUGUGCGGCUCAUCAAAGUCGUCAUCGAGGACGGCUGGGAUGGAAGACAGGACGCACAGCGAAGCUGCCUUGCCCUGAUUCGCUUAGCAGCUCGUGCUGGGUGCCUCACAGGCACCCAUGGGCCGCUGGGACCAGGACUACGACAGGGCUGUGCUGCCGCUGCUGGAUCCCCAGCAGCCCUGCUACGUGCUCUUCCGCCUCGACUCGCAGAACGCUCAGGGCUUCGAGUGGCUCUUCCUCGCCUGGUCACCUGAUAAUUCCCCUGUGCGGCUGAAGAUGCUCUAUGCAGCCACACGGGCCACAGUGAAGAAGGAGUUUGGGGGCGGCCACAUCAAGGAUGAGCUCUUUGGCACAGUAAAGGACGACCUCUCCUUUGCUGGGUACCAGAAACACCUGUCAUCUUGUGCUGCCCCUGCCCCUCUGACUUCAGCUGAGAGAGAGCUCCAGCAGAUCCGUAUCAAUGAGGUGAAAACGGAAAUCAGCGUGGAAAGCAAGCACCAAACGCUGCAAGGCCUCACUUUCCCCCUGCAGCCUGAGGCCCAGCGGGCACUUCAGCAGCUCAAGCAGAAGACCAUCAACUACAUCCAGCUGAAGCUGGACCUGGAGCGGGAGACCAUCGAGCUGGUACAUACAGAGCCCACAGAAGUGGCCCAGCUGCCCUCCCGAGUUCCCCGAGAUGCCGCCCGCUACCACUUCUUCCUCUACAAGCACACCCAUGAGGGUGACUCCCUUGAGUCUGUGGUGUUCAUCUACUCCAUGCCAGGCUACAAGUGUAGCAUCAAGGAGCGUAUGCUGUAUUCCAGCUGCAAGAGCCGCCUUCUUGACUCUGUAGAGCAGGACUUCCAGCUGGAGAUCUCCAAGAAGGGCUCCUGCUGCAGGGGCCUACACCCCCUGUCCGUCCUGGUGCAGGCUGUGGUGCUGGCUGAGGCCCUGGCCCUAGGCACGCUGCCUGAUUUCCUGCCCUGCGAGCUCAAGCCCCAUGGUGUGGUGAACUGCAACUGGCUGUUCCUGAAGUCCGUACCCCGCUUCUCUGCAGCAGCGCCCCACAGCAACAUCACCAGCCUUUCCCUGCUCUCCAACCGCAUCCACCACCUCCACAACUCUGACUUCAUCCACCUGCCCAACCUGCGGCAUCUCAACCUCAAGUGGAACUGCCCUCCCACCGGCCUCAGCCCCAUGCACUUCCCCUGCCACAUGACCAUCGAACCCAAGACCUUCCUGGCCAUGCCCACCCUGGAGGACCUGAACCUGAGCUACAAUGGCAUCACCACUGUGCCUGCCCUGCCCAGCUCCCUCGUGAACCUGACCCUGAGCCACACGAACAUCCUAGUGCUGGAUUCCACUAGCCUCGCAGGCCUGCGUGCCCUGCGUGUCCUCUUCAUGGAUGGCAACUGCUACUACAAGAACCCAUGCACUCAGGCAGUGGAGGUGGCCCCUGGUGCCCUCCUGGGGCUGAGCAACCUCACCCACCUGUCACUCAAGUAUAACAAUCUUACGGCAGUCCCCCGAGGCCUGCCGCCCAGUCUUGAGUACCUGCUCCUCUCCUACAACCACAUUAUUAAACUGGAAUCGGGGGACCUGGCCAACCUGACUGCCCUGCGAGUGCUCGAUGUGGGUGGGAACUGUCGUCGCUGUGACCAUGCCCGCAACCCCUGUGUGGAGUGCCUCACCAAAAGCCUCCAGCUGCACCCUGACACCUUCAGCCACCUCAGCCACCUUGAAGGCCUGGUGCUGAAGGACAGUUCUCUCAAAGCUCUGGAACCCAGAUGGUUCCAAGGUCUAGAGAACCUCACAGUCCUGGACCUGAGUGAGAACUUCCUCUAUGACUGCAUCACCAAAACUCAUGCCUUCCAGGGCCUGACCCGGCUACGUAAGCUCAAUCUGUCCUUCAAUUACCGAAAAGGAGUGUCCUUUGCCCACCUGCAUCUGGCACCCUCCUUUAGGAACCUGAUCUCCCUGCAGGAGCUAAACAUGAAUGGCAUCUUCUUCCGGUCCCUCAGUGAGUACACCCUGAGGUCGUUGUUCCACCUGCCCCUGCUCCAGACUCUGCAUCUGCAGAUGAAUUUCAUCAACCAGGCCAACCUCAGCAUCUUUGGGGCUUUCCCUAGGCUUAGUUUCGUAGACUUGUCAGACAACCGCAUCAGCGGGACUCCAACCCUGGUGAAGGCCCUUGGGGAAGCAGAUGACCAGAACCGGGUCUGGCUGGGGCCUGAAGACCUUGCUCCAGUCCCGCUGGGCAACCCCAGGUUUGAAGACUUCAUGUUCAGCUGCAAGAACAUCCCAUUCACCUUGGAUCUGUCUGGGAACAACCUGGUGACACUGCGGUCAGAGAUGUUCACCAGCCUCUCCCACCUCCGGUGUCUCAUCCUGAGCCACAACUGCAUUGCACAGGCCGUCAAUGGCUCACAGUUUCAGCCGCUGACCAGUCUGCAGGUGCUGGACCUGUCCCAUAACAAACUGGACCUGUAUCACGGGCACUCAUUCACAGAGCUGCCUGAGUUAACAACCCUGGACCUCAGUUACAACAGCCAGCCCUUCGGCAUGCAGGGCAUAGGCCACAACCUCAGCUUUGUGUCCCGGCUGCACAAACUGCGGCACCUCAGCCUAGCUCACAAUGGUAUCAACAGCCGUGUGAACCCGCGGCUCUGCAGCAGCUCCCUGCAGACCCUGGACUUCAGUGGCAACACUGUAAGCAGCAUGUGGGCGGAGGGAGACCUCUACCUCCACUUCUUCCAAGGCCUCAGAAACCUACACAAGCUGGACCUGUCCCAGAAUCGCCUACAUAUCCUUCUACCCCAAAACCUGGACAGCCUCCCUAAACCACUGACACAUCUGAGUCUCCGUGACAAUUACCUGGCCUUCUUCAACUGGAGCAGCCUGAGCCUCCUACCCAACCUGCUGAACCUGGACUUGGCAGGAAACCAGCUGAAGGCCCUGACCAAUGGCACCUUGCCCAAUGGGACGCAGCUGCAGAGGCUGGAUGUCAGCGGCAACAGCAUCACCUUCGUGGCCCAAGGGUUCUUUGCACUGGCUACUGACCUACGGGAGCUCAACCUCAGUGACAACAUUCUCAGGACCAUUGAGUCCUCCUGGUUUGGGACUGUGGCGGGCAAUCUGAAAGUCCUGGACGUGAGAGCCAACCCCCUCCACUGCACCUGUGGGGCGGCUUUCGUGGACUUCCUGCUGGAGGUGCAGCAUGCUGUGCCCGGUCUACCCAACCAGGUGAAGUGUGGCAGCCCCAAGCAGCUCCUGGGCCGUAGUAUCUUCACACAGGAUCUGCGCCUCUGUCUGGACGAGGCCCUCUCCUGGGACUGCUUUGGCCUCUCGCUCCUGGUGGUGGCCCUGAGCCUGGUGGUACCAGUGCUACAGCACCUCUGUGGCUGGGACCUCUGGUACUGCUUCCACCUGGGCCUGACUUGGCUUCCCCGGUGGGGCCCCCGUGGUGCCCAACCCCUGCCCUAUGACGCCUUUGUGGUCUUUGACAAGGCGCAGGCUGCAGUGGCCGACUGGGUGUACCACGAGCUGCGGGUGCAGCUGGAGGAGCGCCGGGGGCGCCGGGCACUGCGCCUGUGCCUGGAGGAGCGGGACUGGGUGCCUGGCAAGACACUCUUCGAGAACCUGUGGGCCUCUGUCUAUGGUAGCCGCAAGACACUCUUUGUGCUGGCCCACACUGACCGGGUCAGCGGCCUCCUGCGCACCAGCUUCCUGCUGGCCCAGCAGCGUCUGCUGGAGGACCGCAAGGACAUUGUGGUGCUGGUGAUCCUCAGCCCCGAUGCCCACCGCUCCCGCUAUGUGCGGCUGCGCCAGCGUCUCUGCCACCGGAGCGUCCUGUUCUGGCCCCAACAGCCCAGAGGUCAGGGCAGUUUCUGGGCCCAGUUGGGCACAACCCUGACCAGAGACAACCGUCACUUCUAUAACCGGAACUUCUGCAGGGGACCUGCAGCCGAGUAGCCAGCUGACUGUCUCCAUCUUGCCCCUGCCUACCCCAGGUGUGUGCCCCACCUGGCCAGCUCCACUGCCUCCCUACCCACUGCACAGCCAGCAUACAGCAUGGGCUCAAUAAAUGCUACCAACCUGCUA